UUGGACAACCAAAUCUCCGCUUCAGCUAACCAAUGAUUGACCUGCAACGGCCUCCAUAUAAUGGAUACUCUUGACUCAGGAGGACCCUACGUGUUACACACACAUAGAACUGAAAUAGAAUAUUUCCGUCAUGUCUGGACGUGGUAAAACCGGUGGUAAAGCUAGAGCCAAGGCCAAGACUCGUUCAUCCCGAGCUGGGCUUCAGUUUCCAGUCGGACGUGUACAUAGGCUUCUCCGUAAAGGAAAUUAUGGCGAGCGCAUUGGUGCGGGCGCCCCUGUGUAUCUGGCGGCCGUCCUCGAAUAUCUGACCGCCGAAAUUCUGGAGUUGGCUGGCAAUGCGGCUCGCGACAACAAGAAAACCAGGAUCAUCCCUCGUCAUUUGCAACUGGCUGUUCGCAACGACGAAGAGCUCAACAAACUUCUGGGCGGAGUGACCAUCGCCCAGGGCGGUGUGUUACCCAACAUCCAGGCUGUACUUCUACCCAAAAAGACCGAGAAGCCAGCCAAGUCUAAGUAAUGAGCAGGGAUCUACUCCAACCACCUAAACGGCUCUUUUCAGAGCCACCUACCAAUUUCAUGAAGAGUACCAUUCUGUGUGUAUUUAAACCAAGUGGCUUGGUUGUUAAAUACUGAUAAAAUGUUUUGAAAAAACCCA